AUGGAUGCUGAUGAGGUCGAAAAAGUACAAAAAGAGAGGAGGGAAUACGUGAAAAACAUUGGUAUAGAAUAUCGAUACGGAUGUUAUGAGGAGAAACGUCCUGAUUCAUGUCAACUGCUUGGUGAGUAUAUGGAAGCACUAGAGCAGAAUUUCAAAGCUGCUUAUACACUGUUCAAGCAAAAUUGUGAAGAAAGGAGGUACCCUAAAAGUUGCUACAAGUAUGGCAUGUAUCUUCUUGCUGGCAAAGAGUGUGCUCCAAAUUUAACUAAAAUGAUAGAACCGAUGGAAAUCGCCUGUGAUGGGAACAUCAGACAAGGAUGCAGAUAUCUGUCCUUGGUUCACUGGAAUGGAGAGAAGCAUCGCCCAGCCGAUUCUAAGAAAGCAGAGAAAUACAUGGCGAAAGCUUGUGAGCUUGAAGACGGUGAAGCUUGCUGGUUACUCAGUACAUGGUACAUGGGUAACAAAGAGAAAUUUCGAGCUGGACCGAAAGGUGAAGUAAAGGAGCUUGACCGGUCAUCGCUCGGAUCUCUAGAUCGAGAUAUGUACAAAGCCUUGACUUACGGCAUUAAAGCAUGUGAGCUGGACGUACCUCAAAGCUGUGCCAACGUUGCUCGAAUGUAUAAACUCGGAGAUGGUAUACAACAAAAUCUGGAUGAAGCCAAGAAGUUCGUUGAUAAAGCCCGUGAGAUCAUGGAAGCAAUGAAGAGCAGGGAGCAGACCCCCGGCUUUACGGGGUGA